AUGGCAGUUAUCGCAGUUGCCGGAGGCACCGGAAACGUUGGCCGAACUUUGGUCGAGGCAAUUGUGGCCACUGGCAAGCAUGAGGUCAAGAUCCUCGCAAGAAAGGCAAACCCCGAGUUGGAGAAGACACUCGGGGCUUCGAUCGUCGUGGUUGACUACGCUGAUGUAGGCGCUACAACCAAACUUUUAGAGGAGCACAAUAUCCACACAGUCAUUUCAGCCAUCACCAUGAUGCCGCCACCAGGAGAAACACCCCUUGAGUUCGAGCUGAUUCGCGCUGCCAAUGCAUCAGCAUCGACGAAGAGAAUGAUUUCCAGUGGAUGGGGUGUCCCUCAUACGGAGAGCCAAAGUAGCCAACUGGGCUCUGUGCCAAACAAACUUCGCGCCGCCGCUCUCUUGAAAGAAACGAAGGACCUCGAGUACACCGUCGUCCACAAUGGAUUCUUCCUUGACUACUGGGCGACACCUGCUGUUCCCUCAUAUAUGAGCCCUUUUACCCUCUUCAUCGAUAUGCCAGGCAAUGCCGCAGCUAUUCCUGGCUCGGGAAAUACGCCUUCAGCUUUCACUCACACCAAAGAUGUGGGCAAGUUUGUAGCUGCUGCACUGGACCUGGACAAGUGGGAGCCAGACACUUUCAUCGUUGGUGACAAGGUUACUUUCAAUGAGUUUGUUAAGCUUGCAGAAGCGGCUAAAGGCACCAAAUUCAACGUUGCGUAUGACAGCGUUGAGAAACUGAAGACUGGCCAGGCGACAGAACUUCCCGGCCAAAUACCUGCAUACGCAUUCUUCCCCAAAGAGGCAUACCAGGGCAUGGCUGCGGUGUUUGGCCUCUGGUUUGAGAAUGGGAGCUUCAACAUUCCCCCUGAUGGAAAGAAAACACUCAACCAGAUUUUCCCUGACAUCAAGGCUUGGACUGUGAAGGAAAUCCUGGAUACUGCCUGGAAGGCUUAA